AUGAAGCAGAUGACGAUGUACUUCCGGCUUGUCCUCUUGCUCUCCAUAGCUACCGUGGGACUGUGUAACCUGAAAAUCGCCUCCUUCAACAUCAAAUGGCUCAGUGUCAACAAACUGUCCAACAACGAAACAAUGACUAUCAUCAAAAAGGUUAUCGAGAGAUAUGAUAUAAUCUCCAUUCUCGAGGUGAGAGCAGACAAUUCCAUCCACAUGCUGAUGCAGAAUCUCAACAUGGAUAAUCGGGAUAACCCGUACGGCGUAGUGUUGAGUAAGAAGCUGGGGCAUAGCGUACAUUACACGGAAUCGUAUGCCAUCCUCUUCCGAAUAAAUAACGUGUUUGUACAAGAGGUAUAUCAGUUCCCGGAUCAGGAUGACGUAUUUGCACGAGAACCAUAUGCUGUCAUGUUCCAUUCUCUCGACUCACGCCCUGCCAACUUUGUGUACAUCGUGCUCCAUACACAGCCAACAAACACCCCCGCUGAGUUGGAACACAUGGUAUCUGCUUACGACAACAUCGCCAAUUUCAUGGGGAAUCAGAACGCGCUUAUAGCUGGGGACCUGAAUGCUGACUGUCAUUACCUAUCUCAGACAAGCCACGACCAUAACCGUCUCUACACAGACAAACGCUUCACAUGGCUCAUCGACAGUGACGUCGACUCCACUGUGUCUACCGGUACCGACUGCGCUUACGACAGGUUCAUUGUUGCCGGGGAUGAGCUGAAACAGAAUAUUGUACCAAACAGUGCCCGUGUGUACAACUUCCAACAGGCCAUGAAGCUCACGUACGACCAAACCAUAACCGUGAGUGACCAUUUCCCAAUAGAGGUGGAAAUCAGGAGCUGAAAUAAAUGAGAAGAAAGACAUUCCUUUCGCAAAUCAGUCUGU